GCCAGUCUCCACCCAGCUGCCACACUUCCCUCAUUCGUACAGCCUGGUGUUUCCCUGCUCUCCUGCCCGCCUGCUGUCAGACUGCUCCGGCACCGGGGUGUAAUUGGAAAAGCUGGACUGGUUAAUAGAAUGAAAAGGAAACUUCAGAAAUGGAUUUGAACAAUGAGAGGAAGAUCUUGGAAUGUUGGUGAAUUCUUAAGUAGAAUCAACGCUAUAGACAAUAUAGCAGAAGACCAGAGGCCGUCCUUGGAUAUCUUGGUCCAAAGCAUGUUAUUUUAUACAACAGUCUAUAUUUACAAAGCUAACUAGAACUCUCUGUCUGCUUAUAUUCAUAUAUUGCUUAGAUCUCACCAUAUCUACUGCCAGGAUGAAGUGGAUCUGUAAACUUGAUGAGUCUGAGAAAUUCUGGGAUGUAAACCAGACCUGGCACACCGAUAACCCUGACUUUUCCUGGUGCUUUCAUAACACCAUUCUUUACUGGAUACCCUGCUUUUACCUAUUUGUCUGUACACCAUUUUACAUACUGUAUAUCAUACAUUAUGGCAGAGACUAUAUCAGGAUGUCAUUGCUCAGUAAAGCAAAAACAUGUCUCGCUGCUUUGUUGGCCCUUAUCUGCUAUAUAGACCUGUUCUACACUGUGUGGAAUAUGACUCACCAUAUCCCAGAGCCCCCGGUUCUUCUCAUUAGCCCGCUAAUAGUUGGAGCUACAAUGCUUCUUGUGACAUGUCUUAUCCAAUACGAGAGGGUUAAAGGUGUCCGUUCUUCUGUUCUCCUGCUGAUAUUCUGGCUGCUAACUUUAAUAUGUGGCACCUUCCAGUUGCGAACUAAAAUCACUGAAAGCCUUUCUCAUGCCACAGUGAUUGACAAACUGCGCUUCACACUGUUCAUGCUCUACUUCAUACUGGUGCUGUUCCAGUUCGUUUUGGCCUUCUUCAACGAUCAGCCUCCAUUUUUCUCCCUUGUAAAGAAUGAGUCCAAUCCAUGCCCUGUGUCAAGUGCGUCUUUCCUUUCCCAAGUCACAUUCAGCUGGUUUACAACAAUAAUGUUUAGAGGUUACAAACAGCCCCUAAAAGUGGAUGAUAUUUGGUCCUUGAGAAAAUCUGAUUUGGCUGAAGAAAUUUUAUCGAAGUUCUCAAAAGAGAUCCAUAAGGAAUGGCAUAAGACCAAGCCGUUAGAGGUACACACAACGUUCUCUAAUCCAAAAAUCAAGAGGGAUUCUCAGAUUUACCAAGAAGAUCAGGAUGAGACUGAAGUUCUCCUGAAAAGUCCAAGCAUGCAGAUGGAUAAUAAAUCACUACUGAAGAUCAUCUUUAGAGCGUUUGGCCUCUUAUACCUGCUCAGUGCCCUGUUAAUGGCUCUGUACACUGCAUUCCUUUUCAUAAGCCCUGAGCUACUGAGGCUACUCUUGGACCGCUUGAAGGACCCUACAGCCCCUACUUGGCAAAGUCUUGCAGUUGCUGUACUUCUGUUCAUUUGUCCUUGUGGUCAGUCCCUUUUCCUUCAACAACAUGACUAUAUUUGCUAUGUCAUUGGAAUGAGGCUUAGAUCUGCAAUAGUCGGCAGCGUCUAUAAGAAGGCUUUAGUUAUAUCCAACUCUGGAAGGAAGAAUUCCUCUACUGGUGAGAUCGUCAAUCUCAUCUCUACGGACGUGCAGAAGCUCAUGGACUUGGCCACAUGUUUGAACUAUGUCUGGUCUGCACCCUUCACAAUCAUUGUGGCAAUGUAUUUCCUCUGGCAUACACUAGGAGUUGCUGUAUUUGCCGGAGUUGGAAUAUUUGUUUUAAAUAUCCCCUUUAUGAUGGUAUUUGCUGCAGUGAUCAAGAAGCUUCAGGAAGAACAGAUGAAACAGAAGGAUAGUCGAUUAAAACUAAUUACUGAGAUCCUUCAGGGUAUAAAGGUCCUGAAGCUGUACGCCUGGGAAAAUGCUUUCAUGAAGAAAGUCCAAGACUUCAGGAUGAUGGAGCUGAAAGCGGUGAAAAAGAUCGCACUCAUGUUUUCUGGAGCUCUAGCGUUGUUUGUGGCUUCCCCUUUCUGGGUUUCUCUCACUAUGUUCGGAGUCUUCCUGGCAGUGGAUAAGAAUAAUGUUCUGGAUGCUCAGAAAGCUUUUGUCACCAUAAUAUUGCUAAACAUUCUCAGGAUCCCUUUGCGUAUGUUCCCGCAUGCCAUUAGCCUUGUUGUACAGUCAUUGGUUUCCCUGAAACGAUUGGCCAAAUUUUUCUCAGAAGAAGAACUGGAACCUGGAAACGUGGAAACAUUAGAUACUUCUAGCAAGAAUGACAUUGUGGUACAAGAUGGCACAUUUACGUGGUCUGUGGCAGACGCGCCAUGUCUUCAGAGCAUAAAUGUAUCCAUCAAGAAAGGUUCCCUGGUUGCUGUAGUUGGCCAAGUUGGCUGUGGAAAGACAUCCCUUCUUUCUGCUUUGCUUGGAGAAAUGGAGAAAGUAGAUGGUAACGUGGCCCUUAAGGGUUCUGUAGCUUAUGUCCCACAACAAACCUGGAUUCCAAAUGCCACCUUUAAAGAAAAUGUUCUGUUUGGAAGACCAUUAGACAAAGACUGGUACGAAACUGUUAUUCGGGCUUGUGCAUUGCUGCCUGACCUCAAAAUUCUUUCUGGGGGAGAAAACACAGAAAUAGGGGAAAAAGGUGUAAACUUAUCUGGAGGCCAGAAGCAGAGGAUAAGCAUUGCCCGAGCCGUAUACAGGAAAUGUGAUGUCUACUUGUUGGAUGAUCCUCUGUCUGCUGUAGAUGCUCAUGUAGGACAACAUCUGUUUGAACACGUCAUUGGACCCAAUGGUUUGCUCAAGGGGAAAACACGUGUUCUUGUCACCCACGGAAUUGGUUUCCUGCCCCAAGUAGACAUGAUUGUAGUACUGACUGACGGCAAAAUCUCUGAAAUCGGCACAUACACUGAGCUCCUAGAGAAGAAUGGAGCUUUUUCGGAUUUUCUUCAAACAUAUUCUCUUAAUCCUGCGCAAAGUGAGGAGUCCCAAGAGCAAUGCUCGACUGUAGAAAUCAACAAAAAAGAGCAUGACAAUUCCACAAGGAAGGAAAUUUACACGGAGACAGAUGACGAGGUUAACGAAGGGGAUGCAGAUGCCGGAAAACUCACCGAAGCCGAUGUUGCUCUCACGGGCAGGGUCAAACUGUCUGUUUAUCUGGAGUACUGUAAGAUCAUGGGAAAGUGGUUUCUGAUCAUGUGCACUAUAUUCUUCAUCUUCCAACAAAUAUCAGCCUUGGGACAUAAUUACUGGAUUGGUCUGUGGGCUGAUGAUCUACCUGUGAAUGGCACGCAGCAGAACACCAGCAUGCGACUGACUGUGUACAGCAUUUUGGGGGUUAUGCAAGUUUUAGGUAUUUUUAUAGCAUCUGCCACAAUUAUUAUUGGAGGAGUGUCUGUGUCCCGCCAGCUCCACUCUAAACUCCUGUACAGCAUACUAAGGUGCCCGCUGAGCUUUUUUGAACGAACACCUAGUGGAAACCUCACCAACCGAUUUGCUAAGGAAAUGGACACUAUAGACAACAUAAUUCCUCAGAUGUUAAUGAUGCUGAUAAUAAUGACCCUGACCAUACUAGAGAUACUACUCGUCAUUGCUAUAGCCAUACCUCUUGCUGCUGUCGCCUUUGUACCACUUGGAUUACUCUACUUUUUCUUACAAAGAUUUUAUGUCGCCACCUCCCGGCAGCUGAAACGUCUAGAUUCUGUCAGUAAAUCCCCUGUGUACACUCACUUUAACGAAACACUGCAAGGAGUAAAUGUCAUCCGAGCUUUUAGGGAACAGGAUCGUUUUAUACAAGAGAACAAUCUACGUCUUAACACCAAUCAGCGCUUCUAUUUCUCUAGCUUCGUCGCAAACAGGUGGCUGAGUGUACGUUGUGAUUUCCUCAGUAACUUCAUAGUCUUUACAGUGGCUAUUGUGGGGGUACUGUUCAGGGAGAGCAUUUCCCCGGGACUGGUCGGCCUUGCUGUGGUGAACUCUCUGAGGUUGACAGGGGUUUUAAAGGAAGCCGUGCACACUGCGACAGACAUGGAAACUAACUCUGUUGCUGUGGAGAGGGUGAAGGAGUAUUGUGAUGUGGAACCCGAGGCUCCAUGGACAUCAGAACAUGUGUCAGAACUAGCGAAGUGGCCAAAUGCUGGAAGAAUUGAAUUCCAGAAUUAUGGUCUGAGGUACAGAAAAGACUUGGAGUUGGCGUUAAAGAACGUCACAGCUUGUAUCGCUCCUGGAGAAAAGGUGGGCGUAGUAGGAAGAACGGGAGCAGGGAAGUCGUCUCUUACGUUGGGAUUGUUUCGGAUUCUGGAGCCUGCAACUGGGACAAUUCACAUAGACGAAGCAGACAUUUCAAAACUGGGUCUUCAUGAAUUGAGAUCUAAAAUAACUAUUAUCCCGCAGGAUCCGGUUUUAUUUUAUGGGUCGCUGAGAAUGAAUCUGGAUCCGUUUGAUAGUUAUUCUGAUGAAGACGUUUGGACAGCUUUGGAAUUGGCACACUUGAAAAGUUUUGCUUCAGGUUUACCUAAUGGCCUCAGUCACAUUUGUUCAGAAGGAGGAGAGAACCUGAGUGUUGGUCAACGGCAGUUGGUUUGCCUGGCUAGAGCUCUUCUGCGUAAGACCAAAAUCUUGGUGCUAGAUGAAGCUACAGCAGCUGUGGACUUGGAGACCGAUGACCUAAUUCAGUCAACCAUUAGAACAGAAUUUAAAGAUAGUACUGUUAUAACUAUUGCUCACCGCCUCAAUACGAUCAUGGAUUACACAAGGUUAGUCAUUUUUGACAAAGGUGAAAUUGUGGAAUUUGACACUCCAUCAAGACUACUUGAAAAUAAAGGACUAUUUUACUCUAUGGCCAAAGAUGCAAAUAUCAUUUAAAUCCAUUAAUUACUGCCCAGCAGACUCAGGAAGCUUGCAAAUAGCUACACCAACUCCUCCUGGCCAAACUGUGCUUCUUACGGCAAAUAUGCUCCCAAUCUAUCUUUUUUGAUUUCUGAAUGAAUUAUUUCAUUUCUGUACAUCAGUGUGCAACUAAAGCCGGGUACACGCCUAAAAAUGUAUCUGUCCAAUCUGUCUGGCGGCAGCACAAAUCUGGUAAUGGCAGCCAACCAAAUAACAACCAACCAUUUGCUCCCAAACGCUGGAAAGCGGACAAAAACGAUUGCUUGGAUACAUUUGUUAAACGGAUUGAACCAAUUUGUCUGAACGACCAUUGACUGUUUUCCAGUGUUUGGGAGCAAAUGGUCGAUUGUAAUUUGCUCCAGUACAUUACCAGAUUUUUGUUCCCACCAGACAGAUACAUUUUUAGGUGUGUACCAGGGACGUGUGGUGAGCUAAAUGGCACAGGAGGCACUGGCUAGCACCGUAGCCAGAUUUAAACCCAGUAUAUGAGCCAUAGGGUACAUCUGGGCAUUAUACACAGGUGCAGUAGUAUAAACUUCUGGAAAUUUGAUGAGUUUUGAUCUGAGAAGUGCGGAAAAGGUCAGCUAACCUGCCAUAGACUUUUUACUCCAGAGUUUUGGCUAUAAAAAUGAUUAGAAUAAUGCAAAGAAGAUAUUUGAAACAUAUUCUUUGUAUUUUUCAUAUACUUUAUACAAUCAAAACUCUGGUACAAAUGUUAGUAUGACACCCCACCGCACGUCACUGGUGUGUACCCGCCUUGAACGCGUGUUACAAUCAAAACAUUUUACACCAAAUUGUAAGUCUAAAUCAUGAGCAACUGCUUGCGCACAUUACUUGUUUUACUUUGAUAGACCAGACAGACAUUUGUGAUUCAUGUGCCAUGUAGCACAUUUGCAGAGUCAUUAGACUUCAAGGAUUUACAAUACAGUCAGUCAGCUUCAUCCAACUGGAUGAACAUUUUGACAAAACUUAUUCACAUUGGUUUAGCCACCUGCAUUUGAUAUUGGAUAGCUUGUCACCACCUAUUGAUUCUUAAACAAUUCAAUAAAAAGAUUAAGGAUGCGAUGUAUCAAACCUGGGAAAGGGGUAAUAUGGGAAGAAAUAAAGAACCAACCAAUCAGCCCCUGUCAUUUUUCAAACACAGCCUGUUACAUAAUAGUUAGGAGCUGAUUGGUUGGUACUUUUUCUCUCUCCACUUUAUCACUCUCCAAGGUUUGAUAUAUCUCCCCCUGAAUUUGAAAGACUAGAUUUUAACAUGUGUAGCAAAUGAGAUUGUGUGUUCACAUUGCAGAUAUCUCAUGGUAUGAAUGUUACAUACUUCUCCAUUAUAUCAUCAUUAUUUGUACUUUUAAGGUUUUAGAAUUAUGCAAUUGCUAAAUUUUGCACAUGUGUAACUCCAGAUUACUGCAGAUUGUAUGAGCCAGGGUGAUCAAGGCAUUUCUUUACUAUGGAUUUGUAAAAAAUUGUUAGUACCUGUACUAUUAUAACUGCUGAUCAGAAUGUUAGGACUCUUGUUACUAGGAGUCAUACUGUAGUACCAUUAUUAUCUCAUUUCUUUCUGAUAGAGCAGAUUUGGUUGCGUUGGUUUGGUGCCCAACAGUCACUGGUAAUUGCUACUAUCAAUCUGUAGCGUGGCAGUGACAGCCUGGGAAACACAGGAGAAUAAGGGCCAGGAGUGAGUAACUCAAAUGUUAUUUUCAAUUGAUACUCUUAAGGUUCAGAGUAUGAACAUCUUUCUCCCUGCAUGAAAGUAAAUACUAUGGCACUUAUUUUUUUCUAAUCUGAAUGCUUACAUAGAAAAUGAUAUAAGGCGUGGUAAAAGGAUUUUUUUAAUCUUGGACAGCACAUGUAUUUACAAUGAUCGCUUUCCCCUUCCAAUAUAGAGCUUUCUUCACCAAUAUUGUCAACAUUGCCAAAUCACAACUGCCUGUAUUAUGAAUAGAAGGGAACUAUCCGCUGCAGUGCAAUGUUUCUACCCCUACUGACGUGUCCACCUAUAUCUAUCCUCCCUGCACGUUUUGCAGCCCUUCUUGUCACGCCAUGCAGUGUUGUGACUCAGUAGCACUGAGUGUCUUUAUGUGCAUCUUUUUCCAUUAAAAUCAUCUUAUUCACAAAAGAAUGCAAACAGGACACACAAGCAGCUUAUGUUGAUUACAAUGAUAUGCGGCAUGUUUAUAUUUUGUAUGUGAACAUGACUGUAUCUGCAUGCAAAAUGGUACUUUAGGGUUUUCCUAGAAAACACUGCAAUUUACCAUUGCAUAUUCAGUUACAGACACGCACAGAAUAUAGGCAUGCCGCAUAUCAUUUUAAUAAGCAGAGUCUGCUUGUGCGUCAUAUUCACAUUGCGGUCAUCAGCAAAAAAGACACCCAACACUAAUGGAGUUGCAUGGGACCUAUGAGCUCACUCACGCCAGGCAUCUCCCGCUGCAUGGCUUAUUGAGGCAAGAUGUAUGAGGACACAUCUGUAUAUCUGUAUCAGACCUGCAGAAAAGGGCACUUAUUUCUCAUACGUAUAAUGAUCCCCAAUACAAUAAGUCCUCAUGUGGCAAAAGCAUAGCUGUGGGUUUGCUCCUAUACAAUUCCUUAAAGUAAAAUCAUUUCCAUUCCAGUAUACUACCUGUGCACUGUAUCUCCCAGAAAUAUACAUAAAUAUAUGCUUAGGAUGACUAACAAAUGCUUGAAAAAUAGCAAAAAGCAAUACAUGGAACACUAAUUAAUGCUAAUUAGUGAAUCUAACAAGUGGUAUAUAGGGGGUCAUUCUGACCUGAUCGCUCGCUGCCGUUUUUCGCAGUGCAGCGAUCAGGUCAGAAUUGCGCAUGCGCCGCAGUGCGCUGCGCAUGGCUGACGGCUGUCGUUGCCUAGCGAUUGCCUCUGCCUGAUUGACAGGCAGAGGUGGUCGCUGGGCGGGAGGGGGCGACACGGUGGCGUUUGGCCGCCGUUUUGUGGGUGCAGUCCGGCCAACGCACACGUCACACGCAGCCGCUGCAACCCGGGCAGCGACGAGUAGCUCCCUGCCAGCACGCAAAAGCUGCGCUGGCCAGGAGCUACUCCUGCAGUGCUAAAGCAUCGCCGCUGUGCGAUGCUUUUGCACUUCUGCGGGGAGGGGGCGGACUUGACAUGGGGUGCGGAUUAGCCCUGUGCUGGGAGUUUCACCGCAUGUCAGUGUGCCUGAUUUGCAGGGCUACGAUAAGGUCUGAAUUAGGCCAAUUGUAACAAAAUAAAAAGUGCAUGUCUUGGGUUUUACCCUGUACCAAUAGCAAUAGCCCAUAUAUUGUAAUACAGCUUUAGCAACACAGAAUAAAGGGCAACUUAGUGUAGACUCUGGCAUCUACCAGCUAGUGGAGAGCUACCAGCCAGAGAGCUGCAUGUACGGAGUCACUUCUCAGGGAAUCUGUAUUAACCAUUCACUGCUGGGUGCUCUUGGGGAAGCCUGACCACUGUGUUUUUCAAACUGGAAAUGUGUAACACCAGCCUAAGGAAAUUUCCGGUUACUUUAAGAACACAGUUCUAUGUGAACAAUUAUGCUGUUUGUCCUAUUAACCACUUGGACAUUUGCUGUUGUUUUUUUUAAUCUAGAACUAGAAACAUGACUGCAUUUAAUUGGUUGCUGUUGGUAACAGCACAUUUAUGUACAUUGUACCAUAUUACACAGAAAAUGUGUUUAUACUCUUUUUUCCUUUUUUAACAUAAAUUCCUUCAUAAAGUUGUUAGUGGCAUACCUUAGUAGCUAAUCUAUAAUCAUUACAUGAAGCAAACUCCACUGUAACAUAUUUCCCUGUAUCACAGUUCUAAAGUUUUAUACUUCAACUAUUAAUUGGCGUGUUCUACCUCUGGUGUUCCCAUCUCCAACAGAGAAUUUACAUAAGUGUCAUACAUCUUGCCUUAAUGCGCCACACAGGGGAAGAUGCCUGACGUGAGUGCGCUGUCUGGUCUCAUGCAACUCCAUUGGCGUCAGGCAUAUUUUUUCCCAAAAAAUUAUGCAAAUAAGACACAUAAGCAUACUCUGUGGCUGUAUCUGCAUAUGAAAUGGUACAUUAGUGUUGUCUAGGAUGCAGAUACAGCCAUGGUCACAUAUAGAAUAUAGGCAUACCGCAUAUCAUUUCAAUCAACAUAAGGUGCUUGUGCAUCCUGUUCGCAUCAUUUUGCGAAUAAGACACAUUUUAAGAGAAAAAAGGUCGCAAAAAAGAUGCUCGUUUGACUAGAAGGUCAGUUUAACGUGCCAGGAGGCUAGAUAUGAGUGGACACAUCUGUAUCAAGUAGACAAUACUUUCCUUUUGACAGAUCACCUAUCCUAAAAGUUAUCUAUAGAUCGAUCACGUUUUGUCAUGUGAGCAAAUACCAAAAUGGCAGGUGGUCCAAAACAUAUGUUACAUCAUGAUUAUAUGUGUUUGUUAGAGAAAGAGCUGUUACAAUCUAAAGCAAAUAUUAUUUUAUGUUUAUUGUAACAAAAGAAUUUCUGUAGAGAACAGUCCUUAGCUGACCUGUCAGUAAAGCAGAUCACUUCAUGAAAAUAGACAGCAAGGUGGAAAUGUAAGGAGUGAUUUGUCACUUUUACAGAUUUUUGAGGAUUGUUGCAGCUGGAUUUAAAGAAAAAAAUCUUUUUUUCUUUUUUUUUCUCAAGCUAAAGGCCGGGUUUUGCGUAAAGAAACUGGAACUAUAAUCCUGCAAAGAACGCCCAAAAACUUAUUUUGACAAAACACUCUUUAGUACAUUUCCACCCAAACUUUAAAUGGUUUGACUAUCAUAAGACACUCCAAGGCCACCUACUCACUUACAUUUUGAUGUCGGACAUCAGUCAGUGUACUUGUUAUACGUAUAUAUGUUUUAAAAAUGAAUACAAUAUUAAUAUAUAUCUUUAUGCAGAUUACCUCAACGCUACCUCUUUGUGAAUGUUGUCAAUAAAACAUAUAUUCCAAUUCAUA